GCCAGCCUCCAACCGGGUACAGAGGGGUCUCUGCCAGCCUCCAACCGGGUACAGAGGGGUCUCUGCCAGCCUCCCGUCGGGUACAGAGGGGUCUCUGCCAGCCUCCCGCCGGGUACAGAGGGGUCCCUGCCAGCCUCUUAUCGCCGGUGACCGAUCCAGAUCCGGGUCCAAGAUGGUCUUCGAGUCCAAACAGGGCUGCCUGCUGGCUCUGCUGGCGAUUUCCGUGGUCUCGGUGACGAUCGCUCUGAUCCUGAGCGUGGUGAGGAACGUCGACGUCACCCUGCCGCCCGGCCUUAAGUACGGGAUGGUAUUUGACGCCGGAUCAUCGCACACCUCGCUGUUUAUUUACAAAUGGCACAAAGAAAAUGACACGGGCAUCGUGAGUCAGGCCCAUGUCUGCGACGUGGAGGGAGGUGGUAUCUCCAGUUACGCUUUGGACCCUCCUGGAGCCGGACGGUCUCUGGUCCAUUGUCUGAAUGAAGCCAUGUCCAUUAUCCCACCAGAGAGACAGAGAGAGACCCCCGCGUAUCUGGGAGCCACCGCCGGGAUGAGGCUACUCAGGCUGGAAGACGGUACCGUCGCUGACAAGGUGCUGGACGAGGUCUCUAAAACCAUCCGCAGCUACCCUGUAGAUUUUCGAGGUGCUCGUAUAAUUACCGGCAAAGAAGAAGGAGCCUACGGGUGGAUAACCAUCAACUACCUUCUGGAGUCGUUCAUGAAAUACUCUUUCAGCGGUCAGUGGGUCCGACCCGUUUCUUCCAAAAUAUAUGGUGCGCUGGACCUCGGAGGGGCUUCGACUCAGAUCAGCUUCAUCCCAAAAGUGACUAUACAGGACCCCAAAGAGAAGGCCGAUUUCAAACUCUACGGAUACCCCUACGACAUUUAUACCCACAGCUUCCUGUGUUACGGGCAAAACCAGGCUCUGAAACAGAUGCUCGUCAAAGCCGCGGAGGGCCAGGAUUUAACAAAGAGCGUCCGCGUCCCCUGCUAUCCCAAAGGAUACGACGGCAGCGUCCCUCUGCGGUCCUUGUACGACAGUCCGUGCACCGCCGCCGCGGCCCCCACGCCACCGGGAUCAGCGCAGGUCAACGUGAUCGGGACGGGCGAUGCCAACGCGUGCCGGACGCUGAUCCAAAGCAUCUUUAACUUCAGCGCCUGCAGCGGUCAGGCUUCCUGCUCGUUCGAUGGGGUUUACCAACCGCCCGUCGACGGCAACUUCUUCGCCUUUUCUGCUUUCUUUUAUAAUUUCCGUUUUCUGAAUCUGACGUCGGGACAGACCCUGACGACCGUAAAAACCGCCAUCGAGAAUUUCUGUGCCAGGGACUGGAGUGAGCUGGAAUCAUCCUACCCCAAAGAGAGGAGAGACCGGCUGCGGGAUUACUGCGCCAACAGCAACUACAUCCUCACCCUGCUCCUGGACGCUUACAAAUUCACCGACAAUAGCUGGAAUUCCAUUCGCUUCGUGAAGCAGGUAGCGAACACGGACAUCGGGUGGACGCUGGGCUACAUGCUGAACCUGACCAACAUGAUCCCGUCCGACAACGUCCUCACCAUGAAAGCGCAGGACUACGACCUCUGGCUGGCAUCCAUCGUUUUUAUUGUUUUCAGUCUGGCUUUGGCUAUAUUCCUGCUGUGCGUUUACUUCCGCCAGUGACCGGAACCUGGAUAGAUAUAACCAACCCGCCAGCGACCACACAGAGGGGUCCGGAACCUUUUAAAGGGGUUCCAUUUACCUUCCAGAUAACUUACGGGUGAAUUAAAGGGGUUUUUGGAACUUACAGAAAAUACACGCGGGACAAAAA